AUGGGACUUUUCACCAACAACGACGACGCAAUGGUUAAGAAGGACGAUGAUCUCAAGCGGGGGAAGACGCUUCCCACUCGCGCACCAUGGGCACCAGCUUCAGCACCCAGAACGCCCCCGCGCAAGACGAUCAAGCGGCUCGUGAUUGCUUUGGCUGUGGGAUUCUUCGUCUAUUUGUUCAUCAAGAAUCUACCGCCAAUGGAUGAUCAAGUACGCAGAGACUACAGGCAUCCGAGAUAUUCAGAUCGCAAGCCGGGAAAACAGCCAGGCCCGAUGCCAAAGAUGAAGCCCCCACCACCUGAGCGCAUACCGGAGAAGCCCGUGGUGAAGGACAUCCCGAGUGAACAGCCUGCUGCUGUCGUGGUACCCCCUGUCGUAACUGACACUGCUACCAACGCCAGAACAUAUGAUGGCCCUAUUUACUUCAGGAAGCUGGCUGCGACAUUACAAGCCAUUGAGAGCAGUACGAGCGGCUUCAGCGCGGUGAAUAAGAAUGUGCUGUUUGCCGCUGCUAGCUUGAAGAGCGCCUCAGUCUUGCUCCCAAUGGCAUGCAAGAUGGGGACUGAGCUUCGAAGCUAUGUGCACUUUGCAUUGAUGGGUGGUAGUGAGAUUGAUUUGGAUGAACUUCAAGCUGUUAACGGCAUCGACGAGUCCUGCCAGAUCAUCUUUCACGGUAAGAGGACAGAUCAUGUGCCGAUGCCUAUAUCAAUGCUAAUCCACCACAUUUACAAGUAUAUGCAUCCUCAAGUUCUGUUUCUUGAUGCUUCUGGUGUGGAAGAGCACUAUUUUCUCGAUGGCAUCCGCAAACAAGCAGACGUCUCUGGAGUGCCCAUUAUUGAGCUGCCCAAGAAUGCUCACUCACGGUUAUCUUGGAUGACGAAACUCGAUAGCUCGUCGUUGGCGGCUUGGAAUAGGAUCAGCGUCGAUAUACUGAUCCAUGCGCCACCUGUAGGCUCUGGUAGCCUGAUUCGAUUGCUUCAAUCAUUAUCAGCAGCUGAUUUCUCAGCGGGCCCAACGCCUCACCUCACCAUCGAACUUCCUCAUGACAUUGAUCGGGCUACGACAGAAUUCUUGAGGGACUUUACUUGGCCACCAAGCCGCACACACAGCCUUUCCAAUGUGCGGCAACUUACACUCAGACAUCGCAUACCUCGGGCUAGGUUGACCGAAGAAGAAAGUUCGGUCCGUCUUCUCGAGUCCUUCUGGCCGGUCAGUCCGCGAUACUCUCACGUGCUGGUACUAUCACCCCAAGUCCAGCUAUCGCCUGGAUUCUUUCACUACCUGAAAUUCACUCUGCUGGAAUAUCUCUACUCAUCCAAUUCCCUCCUCCAAAGCUGGGAUUCCCGCCUGCUCGGUAUCAGCCUCGACCUGCCCCCCACAACGCUAGCAGACACCUCAAAGUCAUUCAGCCCACCUGCUCCCAAACCCAUGACACAGGCCAAAGACUCCAAAAAGCCAUCACUAUCCUCUCAAACGUCUAGCUCAGCUCCUUUCCUGUGGCAGUCCCCCAACAGCAACGCCAUGCUCUACCUCGGCACUAAGUGGACAGAACUCCACUCUCUUGUAUCGAACACUAUCGAACAUCAACACUCUACCUCGUCCCUCUCAACAUUUUUCACCACCAAGGCCGUUAGCAAGAGGUAUCCCUCCUGGCUGGAACACGCCCUCAGGCUUUCAAGAGCAAAGGGGUAUUUCGCGCUGUAUCCUAGUGAGGCUACUGCUAUAUACUUGGCUACGACGCAUAAUGAGUUGUUUAAGGGGCCGGAGGAGUACGAGAAGGAGCUGGAGGUAGAUGAUGGGAGAGGAGAGGAGGUCAGGCUCACGUCUGGGCCGCUGUUGGAGACGGUGCGGUUGUUGGGGUUUGAUGAGAUGCCAAUUGUGAGUUGGGAGGGCAAGGAAACGGGUUUGGAGGGGUUGGAUGAGGGGGCGGAGGAGUAUGUUAGGGAGUUUAGGAAGGCGGUGGGGGGAGGU